AUGGAAAACGUCAAGAUCGCUCUCAUUCAGUUCCAGAUGAUGAUGGAUACGACGUGGAUCCUCAAAAAAGAAGAAGAAAAGAAGAAUCACAUAUUGGGGAUGAUUCAAAAGAUCAAAGCUACUGGUUGCAAUACGAUUCUCAUCCCCAAGACUAUUUUGGUCACUGAUCAUCUAUGGCUUCACUACUUGGCCGUAGCCAAAAUCAUGGUUAUCAAGGAUGUAGAGAGAGAUGCCAUUGAGUACGUUACCAAGACAUUGAACUGCUUACCAAUCUCCAACAUUGAACAUUUCACCGCCGACAAGCUUGGCCAAGCUCAUCUUGUGGAAGAGUCCUCCAUUGGAGAUGGAAUGGUUUUGAAGUUCACUCUACUCAAAGACAUUAGGAGAACUACCCACUCGCUUAUCAUUCGUAGCUUCGACCAGCUAGUACUAUGUACUCUUUUACUUUAA